AUGAUUCCAUUCAACACUCUACGCACAAUAAUCUUUGGCUGGGUGCUGUUCUGCGCACUUUUAGGCCUUGGACUCAAUGGUUACGCUGUCUCACAAACGAGUGGAGUCGUUGAAUCCAGCAAUUUAGGUGUCGCCACCUCAGUGUUGACGUUGGCGUUCAUUGGUACUCUCCUCGCUUUCGGAAUCCUUCGCACGGAUUCGGCUUUGACAAUGGUUUCUGUGGACCUUGGUGUCGUUUUCUUCCUGAUGAUCAUGUGGCUCUCAACUGGUGCCUAUCUUGCCUCGCAGUACUCGUGCUCGAUCCCCGUCAUCACGGACCCUACGGGACUCGGGCUUCGGCGGCGCGGCAUCUAUGGUUGUUUCGGUACAGCUGUAGGAGGAGCAUCGAAGGGAGCUGCUGCCUUUGCAUUCCUUGCAUUCUUCCCCCGUAAGUUUCUGCUAUGUCUGGCCUAUCCUACCAUCACAAUGCUUACAUUCCUACCAUCCACUUCGGCCCUUCCUUCACCAGUCCUGGGAUACUGGGGCCUACUCCUCACCUACGCCAUCAAGGCGGUUCAACGCGGCAACUCUUACAUCUGGCAAACCCCUGUCCCCCAAGCCGACUUUGCUGGAGGGCCUUCUGAAAAGUUCAACCACAAUCAAACAAAUCAUUUUCACACCCCACAACAAAAUGGAAUGGGGGCUUACCAGCAGUAUCCGCCAGCCCCUCAGUUCACCGGUGGGUCAAACGUCUAA